AUGUGGAUAAUCCGCAUUUGCGCCAUAUGGAUCUCGCGAGGUGGUGCUUCACCCGUUUCGGGAUCCGCCCCGACCAUUCGCAACGCGGGGCCGGCGGGUGUUGCUCUCACUCUCGGCACCAUCCGGGACCAUGUGGCGGCCAUCGCGCGAGACAUGGCCAUUCCCGCCACAUUCCGCUGCUCCAUGGGGUGGGUUCGCCGUGCCCUGCGCCGCAAUGGCAUUCGGUGCCGUAGCGCCACUGGGGAGGCCGCGGACCAAGACCACGCCGCCGUCCGGACCUGCCAGGACCGGCUCCCGCAGCUGCUCAUGUACCUGGCCGUCCGUCCCCGUGACGUGUACAACUUUGACGAGACGGCCUUGUACCUGUCUGUCUUGCCGCGCAAGACAUACGGCGAGUCCCGCGUCGCCGGCCGCAAGGUGGCGAAGGAACGGCUCACUAUGGGCCUUCUCGUCAACGCCGAAGGCACGCAUGCGUUCCGUCCGCUUGUCAUCUCGAAGGCCAAGCGACCGCGUGACUUCCUCCCCGACUACGAUCCCAAGAACAUGCUGUUCACGCAUUUCAUUGAACAGCUGAACGCCACGAUGCUAGCGAAAGACCGCUUCAUCGUCAUUCUGCUAGAUAAUGCCAGCAGCCACGUCAUCCGUAGCGAGAACGCGGAAGCCGAUGACAUGUUCGGCUUCCGCACCCGCAAGCUGAGCAACAUCCGGCUUGUCUUCUUGCCGCCCAAGACGACUGCGUUCACCCAGCCUCUCGACCAGGGCUUGAUCGCGACGACCAAGAUUCGCUACGGGCAGCACUGGCUCCGUGCUUUCACGCAGCUGUGGCUGGAAGCGGGCGCGACGACCGCAGCCGUGCGAUUCCGCCCGAACCUGCGGGAUGUCGGCCUCAACAAUAAUGGGCCCAACGGCGGGGUCAACACGUCGCUCGCCAUUGAUCUUGACGAGGAAAUCCUCGACGUCGGGAUCAUGAUCGGCCGGCUUGGCCUUGGGGCUAGCGCGAUGCGGGCCGAGGAGUUCGUGGCGGUCGACAGCGACCAGCCGACCUGCGCUGAGCCGGGCCCGGAUCCCCUGGCUAUCGAGCCCGCCAUGGCCCAUUCUCGCGCCUCGUGGGAGCCGCCCACCACCAUGCAUGAGGUGUACGAGGACGAAAAUCCAGAGACUCGCGAGGCUAGGCGGACGGCACGGGCGGCAUGUGAGAUGCUCAUCAGAUACGCCCGCGCGACGUGCAUCACGCCGCGCGACCUGUGCGCUCUUUUUGAGAUAAGGAAUCCGAUCAUCAUCGAUCGUAUUGAGCGUGCAAGCCCUUCCAUCAACCUCAACACGCCUCCGCUGCCCUCUAUUCGCCCCGCUGCUGCCGUCCUCGCCACUGCCUCUGAGGCCACCAUCCCGCGUCGUCGUGGGCGUGUCCUGCCGGCGUGGAUGACGACGCCUCGCCGCACCCGCCAGGAGCUUCUCGACUCCGGGGUAGGAGCCGUCAUAGGCGGCUAUGUUGAUGCCGCCGAGUGGAUGGCCCUUGGAAGCACAGUCGGCGGAGGAGGGGGGGAAGGAGCGGGAGGAGGGGAAGGGGGAGGCGGUGGGGGCGAGGGAGGGGGGGGUGAGGGGGGAGGUGGAGGGCUAGGGGGCGGGUUAGGGGGAGAUGGAGGGGGUCUAGGAGGGGGGCUGGGAGGUGACGGGGGGGAGGGAGGAGGAGAUUUCGGGGGUGGGGGGGGGAGGAGAGGGUGGGAGGGGACCUGGGGGAAAUGGCGGUGGUGGAGGUGGGCUGGCUGUAACAUGCACAGAGAACACAUUGGAUUCCAAAAUGGGGGAGAUGCAGGCAAAAGAAAGGAAAAGGGACAAUAA